GACUGCGCCAUCACUUGGCGUCAGGACACAGAAGGGUCACAUAGCAUAUUAAGAGUCGUCGAAGACUUCUAUAUAUUUUCUAUAUACCUACUAGCUUCUAUUUUUUUAGCAUUUUCCCCCUGUGAAGUGAAUAAAAAAUGGCGCGAAUCGUCUUCCUGAGCAACAAGUCCACCCUCAUCAUAAGCUUGUACGUCAUCCUCCUAUUCUUCGUGUUCGAGCGGAAGCUCGACCCUCGGGAAAGACUGCGCAGGUACCUUGGCCUCGAACUGACGGCCGCGAACGCCACUCUGAACAACGACGUCUGCGAAAUCACCUUCGACCUGGAGCACUGCUCCUGCCAGAGGACCAUCCAGUCACUCCUGCCGAACGGGUGUCCUGGAUUCUACGCCAGCACCAAAGGCAUCCUCCAGAGGAUCAAGGACGAGUACGGAGAGUCCACCUGCGGCGACUGGGCGACUCUGAGAGGGCCUCACCAAAAUGUCAUAAGUUACUCAGCCUUUGGAGACUUCCCAAACGAGUACUUCAACGGGAUGGUGGAGAUAAUGCCACAGUUACCCAAGGCAUACCCGGGAUGGUAUACCCGGUUCUAUCAUCGAAUGAACAUGCAGAACCCCAUCCAUCGGAACUGGCUGUGCAGCCUGGCCUGCAAAUACCCUUUUCUUGAUCUCUGUGAUGCAGAAAAGCUUCCAGUUUUCGGCAACGUCACCGGGUCAGUGGGCCAAGUGUGGAGGUUCACCCCCAUGGGAGAUGAUUUCGUCGACAGAUUCAUGAUUCGAGACUCUGAUUCGGCAAUCAUCCAGCGAGAAGUCGAUGCCGUCCAUGAUUGGAUAGCAGAGGGCACAUGUUUCCACGCGAUGCGAGACCACCCACUGCACAAAACGCCCAUAUUAGCCGGAAUGUGGGGCGGCUGCAACACGUGGAAAACCGAUGUGAUUGAGGUCACAAAACGCAUACUCCAAGGCGCGCCCUAUCCUCAGAAAACUCGUUUCGCUGAUCAGCAAGGACUGACUAGAUUACUGUGGAAUAUGGCAAUAGGGAACAUGACAGUCCAUGCCGCCUACUUGUGCAAGAAAUACGGCGGUCCUGCGAAACCCUUCCCAACGCAGAGAGUGAACUUGACCUACAUCGGGGAAAAGACCUACAUAAGCGACGCCAAAGCGCUCUACAAGAUAAAUACACCGUGCCCCAAGGAAUGCCGCCCGAAAGAUCAUCAAGACUGGCAGUAUUGCUAAGCCUGGGGAAACGUUUUAAAAGUAAAAUAGGUCGUGAUAAGUCCAACCCUUCACUGCUGUUAAAUGUAUCAUAUUGUGAGAAAGUUGUUGCCAGAUGCUUACAUUACGUAAACUAAGUUGGACGGGUCUCCUCAAUAUGUUGCACCUUGUAAAUAUGCCCAAUCUAUGUUAAGUCUUAACCUGAAGAGGCAUUGAUAGCUUUGUACCACAUCUGUUAGUGCCACAGAUGUAUCCUGCAACCUAUUUAUUUACAUGUAGUAUUUAGUGCCACAGAUGUAUCCUGCAACCUAUUUAUUUCCAUGUAGUAUUUAGUGCCACAGAUGUAUCCUGCAACCUAUUUAUUUCCAUGUAGUAUUUAGUGCCACAGAUGUAUCCUGCAACCUAUUUAUUUCCAUGUAAUAUUUAGUGCCACAGAUGUAUCCUGCAACUUAUUUAUUUCCAUGUAGUAUUUAGUGCCACAGAUGUAUCCUGCAAACUAUUUAUUUCCAUGUAUUAUUUAGUGCCACAGAUGUAUCCUGCAACCUAUUUAUUUCCAUGUAGUAUUUAGUGCCACAGAUGUAUCCUGCAAACUAUUUAUUUCCAUGUAUUAUUUAGUGCCACAGAUGUAUCCUGCAGCCUAUUUAUUUCCAUGUAGUACACAGAAGUGUAGCUAUUGUUACACCAGAUUGCAUAGCCACCUGUCUACUACUAUUUCCAGUGUUUACCUAACUUUUUAAUGGCAGUGUACAGUACUUACUUUCAUACCUUUAACAUGUGCUCUUGCACCCUUUCUGCAAUAUUCAGGUCAUCCCUUACUCCUACCCUGAGCUUGUAGUUCCUCUCACUUUCAAGUAUGCUUACAUUUUUCGGAAUACAGGACAGUGUAUCAGAUUAACUCUCUUUAACACAUCAAGCAGUAUUGCCGGCCUGCUGGAUUAUUUACACAAACACUCCAUAUUCCCAAAGGUCUGCAAAAUGAACGGUUUUCUUAUGCCUUAUGCAUUAAGCAUGUUACUUAUCAAGUGUAAAUACAACAUACGUGUACAUAUCCUUAGAGUUCGCUAACAUUUAUGCAAGAGGGCACCAUCUUUGGAGGUAUACAUUGCUUCUUCAAUUUCCUUGGAUAGAUGAUUCUGGUAUAAAGCAUAUGUUAAGGGACUCGCACCAUACCAAAGCAUCAUGGCAUAACUAAUCAGUUCUUGGAGAUCUAAGCUGGUUGGUUAACAUUUUCUUUCAAAUAUGCUGGGUCCAGUAGACCGCGUUAUUCAUUCAUUUGCUGCCCUUCACUGGACUUCUGACCUCAUUAGGGCUUAUUUGACCAUCUUUCAGUAUCAUGUAAUUUCUGAAAUUGGCAAUCACUGAUACUACAGCUCUUUCAAAGACAGGCCAGUCUCUUGGUUACUAUUUUAGAGUUGGUUUAUUUCAGAGAGAUUCACAACAAGUUCUUCUCUUGAUACAAGGUGACGCAAGACCAGAAAAACUUAUCAGGAACUUGGCCCAGAUGAGGUAGGGAGAUAGCCUGGGGAGAAUUUUAUUAUGUUGGCCUCAGAAUCUGAUAAAUCAGUGUAUCGACCUGGCACUUCGUCUCUUCUUGUUUUUCUUCAUGGUCAAGAUGCUUUCAUUACCAUAAUCUUGCUUCCAGACUUACAUAGGGUCUGUCUCAAGGAUCUGUGUAAACAUAAGCGAGUAAGUCGACUAUUAUGUAUUAAUUACCUUUCAUUUUUUGUAGA